AGAUGAUAAUAUUUAAAGAAAGAGUUGUGAUCAUAUACUGAAGAGAAAGACUGAGAGAAAGAGAAAAUGUCUGAUGAGUGUCGUGUGUGUCUGCUGGGACUGAUCUUUCUCUCUUCACUUCUCACAGGUAUAAGUGGAGUGAAUGAGACUCAUGUGUUCAUCAGUUCUGGUGAAAAUGUCCGUCUGCCCUGUAAUAAUGCUCUUCAUGACUGUAACUCAACUACAUGGCUCUAUAACAGAUUCAGAGAAUCAGCAGCAGUUGAACUGAUUCGUUUAGGGAUAAAGAAGAAAGACACAGAGAGUCAUGAGAGACUGAGUCUGGGGUCUGACUGCUCUCUGAACAUCAGGAACAUCUCAACAGAAGAUUAUGGAUAUUACACUUGCAGACAAUAUGUGAAUCACACACAAGUAAAUGAUACACAUGUUUAUCUGCAUGUUCUUCAUGUCUCAUCCUCACAGACUGAGAUCAGUGCAGGUCUCUCUGUGACUCUCUUCUGUCAGUUGUAUUCAUAUCCUCGAGUCUCUUGUGAUGAUUUGAUCCGUUCUGAGAGAAUUCAGCUGUUCUGGGUGAAUCAGGCUGGUGUUAAACUGACGAGAUCAGACUCCAGAUAUCAGAUAUUAUCCUCAUCAGAUCGCUGUAUCUUCACUCUGAAUACAACACUCCUGAAUGAAGAUCACAACAGAGAGUGGAGAUGUGAAGUUACUCAGAGAGAUCAAGUCCAGACCUCAGUCACAUACACUGUCAAGAGUUCAGCUCAAGCUAAUUCAACGACAGAGAUUCCAGUCCACACACACAAACUCAACUACAACAGCAGCAACUUCUACACAAGACGACACUCACACUUACAACAGCAGCCCACAACCUGA